AUGGCCACUCCCAGAGUACCAAUUGUUAAAGGUCAAUAUCCAAUUCCUUAUGAAGAUCCGAAGAAGAUUCGUUUCACAAUUCCAGGUCCUCAAAGUGAAACUUCCUCUUUUAGUGAACAUCAUACUACUUCUAGCGAAGAUGAGGAUUAUGAUGAAAACGAAUACUUUGUUGAAAAAAUUAUUUCUCAUAGGAAUAAACCAGAUGGGGGGGUAUCAAUAUUACUUGAAGUGGAAGGACUAUCCGGAUUCUGA